GGAUAUACAUACUGAUAAGAAAAGGUUGGUAUUUAUUUUAAUUAAAUGAGGUUUCUAUUACAUGUGGCCCUUUUGUGGUGCUACCUAUGUCUGUUGUUUAAAACAAGUUAUAUUGUGAGUUACAUCAGUCAAUCAACUCAAAAUCAAAUAGCUAAACUGAUUGGGCUUGUUAAUUUGGACUUAAUACCUCAAUAAGUAACAAACUUGCACACUAACUUGAGUAACCUCUCCAUCUCCUAAUAAUUGAAUCCUAAAUUACCUCUACAAACUACUGUUUUACUUUCUUCUUGUGUCUUCUAGCCUUGGAAACUAUGGAGAAAU